AUGUUCCGCUCCGCCAUUGUUCGUUCCUUGAAGGCUUCCGCCCCCCCUCCCCCCAUUGCUGCCCAGGUCCCUCAAUUCACUCCCUGCUUCGCUCAGGGUGUCCGCCUCUACUCCGCUCCUGCCGGUCUGAGCAAGACCGAGGCUGAGGGCCGGAUAGUCAACCUGCUCAAGAACUUCGACAAGGUCUCCGAUGCCAGCAAGAUUAACGGCGCUUCCCACUUCUCGAACGACCUUGGUCUGGACAGUCUCGACACCGUCGAGGUCGUGAUGGCCAUUGAGGAGGAGUUCAGCAUUGAGAUCCCCGACAAGGAGGCUGACCAGAUCCACAGCGUUGAGAAGGCUGUCGAGUACAUUCUGGCCCAGCCCGAUGCCCACUAAAUAUUUAAUUUGAAAACUUGGGAUCGGUUGGAGAAUCGGAUAGAAAAAGAAUCGGGAUGUUGAUGUUGGCAUCAGUGGGGUUCGCUGGAC